AUGAGUGCCGAAGUAGAAUCUAUUCCUCAAGUUGAGAAUCAAGCAUCAGCAGCUUAUGAAAAUACAGCUAAACAAAAUCCGAUAGAAAAUAUUCAACAAGAGCUUAAGAUUAUUAAGCGUAAGUUGAAUGGAUAUGUUGGGUUUGCAAACUUACCAAAGCAAUGGCACAGGAAAUCGGUCAGAAGAGGUUUUACAUUGAAUAUAAUGAUUGCCGGAGAAAGUGGGUUGGGUAAAAAAACUUUGAUAAACACGUUAUUCAACAGGGAAAUUUUAUCUAAUGACAUUAACGAGGAAUCAGCAGAAUUCGAUGACGGAGAGACCCAACCUGUCAGAACCAGAACCGACAAGGCUGAAAUUGAAGAAGAUGGUGUUAAAUUGAACUUGAGUGUUAUAUCUACACCAGGAUUUGGUGAAUCAAUUAACAAUGCUGACUCUUGGAAGCCAAUCGUUGACGAAAUUAAUGACAGGUUUGAUGCCCACUUAGAAGCAGAAAGUAGAAUAAAUAGAUCUGCUAUUGUUGACAAUAGGGUCCACGCGUUCCUUUAUUUUAUUGAACCAACUGGUCACUCUUUGAGAUCUUUGGAUAUUGCUCUUAUGAAAGAGAUUCACGAAAAGGUCAAUUUGAUUCCAGUUAUUGCCAAGUCGGAUACGUUGACUGAAGAAGAAAUUAUCGAUUUCAAGCAAAGAAUCUUAGAAGAUAUUAGGUAUCAAGGAAUUAAGACCUUCAAUCCAGCUCAAUAUGACAACGAUGAUGAAGAAUCUUUUGCUAACACUCAGAGCAUCAUGAACAAAUUACCAUUUGCUGUGGUUGGAUCUACUAAGGAGGUCGAAACUGUCGACGGCAGAAUUGUCAGAGGUAGAAGCUAUCCAUGGGGUAUAAUCGAAGUUGACAAUGAGGAACACUGUGACUUUAUAAAAUUACGUCAAUUAUUGAUAAGAAACUUUUUAGAAGAAUUAAAAGAACAUACCGCCAAUUCAUUAUAUGAAAAUUACAGAUCCGAAAAAUUAUUGAGAAUGGGAAUCCAACAAGAUAACUCGGUCUUUAAGGAAUUCGAUCCAUUGGCAAGACAAGAAGAAGAGAAGAGCCUCCACGAAGCUAAAUUGGCUAAGAUGGAAGCAGAAAUGAAGAAUGUUUUCCAACAAAAGGUUUCAGAAAAAGAGAAAAAAUUACAAAGAUCAGAAGCCGAUUUGUUUGCUAGACAUAAAGAAAUGAAAGACAAAUUAUCUAAACAAAUAAAAUUAUUAGAAGAUAAGAAAGAACAAUUAGAGAAGCAAAAAUCGUUACCCCAAGAGCCAGCACAACCAGCACCGGCACCAACAAAGAGUCGUAAGGGUUUCUUACGUUAG